ACUUCCUCUUACCCUGUCGGGCUUGACAGGCGUGUCCGCGCUCCUGGUGUCCUCGUCGGGAUACAGCGGCACCGGAGGCGCAUCCCUCCGCAGCCCGACCCCUCCAGCUCUCCGCCUGAGCGGCUCUUAUGUGGUUCUGUCUGCAGGUUUUUCGGGACACCGUGUCCGCAGAGCUGCCGCUCUCAGACUCCUGCAGUUUGUUUUGCUGACAAAAGAGGAAAAAAAUGGACCUACUUCCAGACUUGUGGAGGCAGGAGUAUUGGCUCCCUCCUGGUGUGACCUGGGAAGACCUGGAGCGGCUGCCGGACUCGGAGAGACCUCGUCCCAAGGAUCUUCUCAUCGCCCUGCCCCUCGCUCUGGGCUUUGUCGCGGUUCGCUGUGUGUUUGAGAGGUUUUUGGCCCCCCCUAUCGCCAGAAGUCUGGGGGUGAAGAAUAGAUUUCAGUCGACUGCGGCCCCCUCCCCGCAGCUGGAGUCAUUUUACACUCACAGGAGUAAGCAGCCCACACAGAGUGAACUUGCCAAUUUGAUGGUGUUGUGCGGAAAAACCCAGAGACAGGUGGAGAGCUGGUUCAGGGUUCGCCGGAACCAAGACCGACCCAGUCAAACCAAGAAGUUUGCUGAAGCUGCUUGGAGGUUUUUUUUCUACCUGUCGGCAUUUAUAGCUGGAUUGACCUCCUUAAUCAAUAGACCCUGGUUCUGGGAUCAGAGGGAAUGUUGGAGAAAUUAUCCCUUUCAGCCCUUAGAGAGAGCUCAUUUCUGGUACUACAUGCUGGAGUUGGGAUUUUAUGGCUCUCUGCUCCUUCGGAUCUCCGUGGACGUCAAAAGAAAGGAUUUUAAAGAACAGGUGAUCCACCAUUUGGCCACCAUCUUCCUGCUCAGUUUCUCCUACUGUGCCAACUACAUCCGCAUUGGCACCUUGGUCAUGCUGCUUCAUGACUCGUCUGACAUAUUGUUAGAGUCUGCUAAGAUGUUCAACUACGGCGCUGGCUGGAGGAAGACAUGUGACUCUCUGUUUGUUGUGUUUGCUGUGGUCUUCCUUGUGACUCGACUGGUGAUUUUCCCCAGCAGGAUCAUUCAUACCACCCUGCUCCUGUCCAUGGAGGUCUUUGAGCCCUUUGCUGGCUACUACUUCUUUAACGUCCUGCUGAUGGUGCUGCAAGCUCUUCACGUAUUCUGGGCGGGUCUAAUCAUACGCAUGGUCUGCAAGUUCUUCAAAGGCAAGCUGGAAAAAGACGAGCGCAGCGAUGAAGAGAGUGACGCCGAGGCGGAAGAGGAGGACAAAGCUAAGGAAGAAAAGAUGGAUCAAGGAGGAGAUUGUUACUGGGAAAAAAGUAAAGAAACUCUGAACUCCAAACUAUCUGUGCUGACCAACAGCUGUGUCCUCACUAACCUGACCUACCACAGGUCCUCUGUGGCUAACAGAGAGCAUAAGGCUCAGUAAAACUCUUGCUUUAUGCUUCAUUUUAGUAAUUGUUUUUAUCCAUUCAGCUCUUUAAAAAAAACAAUGUACAAUGAUGCAACUCUAAAUUUAGAGGGUGGUA